AUGGGUGAAUUGAAAGAAACUGAGGUUUACGAGGAAGAGCUUAUCGACUAUGAAGAGGAGGAUGAAAAGGCUCUUGAUUCUGCUAAACCAACUACCGAAACCGUCAAGAAGGGCUACGUUGGCAUCCAUAGUUCGGGAUUUCGAGACUUCCUGUUGAAACCGGAGCUUCUUCGAGCCAUUGUAGAUUCGGGAUUUGAGCAUCCUUCAGAAGUGCAACACGAAUGCAUCCCUCAAGCAAUUUUGGGAAUGGAUGUCAUCUGCCAAGCAAAAUCUGGCAUGGGAAAGACUGCUGUUUUUGUUCUGUCAACACUUCAGCAAAUUGACCCUGUUCCUGGUCAGGUUGCCGCACUUGUUCUUUGCCAUACAAGAGAACUAGCUUAUCAGAUUUGCCACGAAGUCGAGAGGUUCAGCACAUAUCUUUCAGAUAUAAAAGUUGCUGUUUUCUAUGGUGGUGUCAACAUCAAGGUUCACAAAGAAUUGCUCAAGAACGAGUGUCCUCACAUUGUUGUUGGAACACCUGGGAGGAUUCUUGCCCUGACUAGAGAUAAGGACCUUGGUUUGAAGAAUGUGCGGCAUUUUAUACUCGAUGAGUGUGACAAGAUGCUGGAAUCACUCGACAUGAGAAGAGAUGUGCAAGAAAUUUUCAAAUUGACUCCCCAUGAUAAACAAGUGAUGAUGUUUUCGGCUACGCUCAGCAAAGAUAUCCGUCCUGUUUGCAAGAAAUUUAUGCAAGAUCCCAUGGAAAUUUAUGUAGACGAUGAGGCCAAAUUGACUCUUCACGGUCUUGUUCAGCACUACAUUAAAUUACAAGAGCCAGAGAAGAAUCGUAAGCUGAAUGACCUUCUUGAUGCUCUUGACUUCAACCAAGUUGUUAUUUUUGUCAAAAGUGUUAGCAGAGCAGCAGAAUUGAACAAGUUGCUUGUUGAGUGUAACUUCCCGUCAAUAUGCAUACAUUCUGGAAUGUCACAAGAAGAAAGAUUGAAGCGAUACAAGGGCUUCAAAGAGGGAAAGCAAAGGAUUCUUGUGGCAACAGAUUUAGUUGGAAGGGGGAUUGAUAUAGAACGUGUUAAUAUAGUCAUCAACUAUGACAUGCCUGAUUCUGCUGAUACCUAUCUUCACAGGGUGGGAAGAGCUGGUAGAUUUGGCACCAAGGGGCUUGCAAUUACCUUUGUGUCUUCUGCUGGUGAUUCUGAAGUUCUUAAUCAGGUGCAAUCUAGGUUCGAAGUUGAUAUAAAGGAGCUUCCUGAACAAAUUGACACCUCCACAUACAUGCCUAAUUGA